CAUUGCGCUCCAUUCGCGCGUCCUGGUUCACUUGACGUCGCCGCGUUGUCAAAACUCGUUCGACGGUCAUGCCCAUCCGCCCUCGCGCCGACACCUCUGUGUUGUUGACCUACCUUCACCAAACUCACGCCUGUUUGCUGCCCGCCUCCGCCUCCCCGCCAUCUUUCUUCUCUCAGCAACUGACCAACGUUUUGCGUUUUGUCCAAGCAAUAUCUCCUCUCAUCUUUGACGUUUCAAUCUACUCUUCCCUUCUACCGCUCUUUGUUUAGCCUCUGCGCAAUUGGCAUGUCCAGCUAAAUGUCUUUACCUCCAACAGACAUGGAAGAAGAUGAGCCGAAGUAUCGCGGGAGUUAUCCUGAUAGAGAAAUUCUCGUGGACUGCGUGCAGCAGGUCAUCCAGCUGUUGCAUGAGCCAGCAUCCUUCCACCUCACUCAAAUCAUCUGCAACAAGAAAGACAACGACGAGCUUAUUUCAUGGUUCGCACGUCACAUCGGCAAACCAUGUCCUGCGCCUGAACUGCCACCGUAUCGUAUAGGCACUCAACCAGCAUGUGGCCACUACCCAAAUUACAUUCUUGGCUGUCACCCCGAGUCACUGAUGCGCCAGAAGAUCAAGACUGCAAGGGUUCAAUAUGCCAAAGCAUUGGAAGAAAGUCAAUGUCACGAUGUACGCAUCACAUGGACAAUCCCACCCGGACAAGACUCACUUACGCUUCUUGAUGAGAAAGAGUCUCUACUGGCUGUUCGACAAGCUUACAACCGACGAUACUCUACGAUCGAAUGGAACCCUAACAGCGGUGAAGUUGGUUUCAACAUCGUUCUCACUGUAGACGAGCUUGACUCGCUGAUGAAAGCAACUGUGAAAUGGCCUAUCACAUACCGCGCCAAUUGCGACUGGCUAAAGCUGCCUGAGAGCUCAGAACCGGAGGUCACUGAGGAACCCCCAAAACCUGCUAAAGCACCGACGACUCGCGAAUAUCCUGGACCACUGCCACGUGUGGAGGACUUCCUUGGCCCACCUAUGCAUCAAAACUUGAAGACCUGGCGUAUCUUUCCCUCUUGCAGUGACAGGAGCAGGGAGCCUCACAUUCUUCCAGCAGUGAGCGAUGCCCCGACUGGCUCGCACCACCGUUAUAUGCCUGGCAUAAGUAACGAGCCUAAAGGCAGGCUUGAAAAAUUCAUAAUUCACGAUACUGCCUUGUCAGUCAAGCUGAUCGAGAUGGAAGAGCAGGAGAAGAAGAGGACUGCCAACGUUAGGACGCGUAUUAGAUUGCCUCCUACAGGCGCACCACCCAAUGUGGCUCCGCAUUCAUUGUCCAGUGUCACGAGUGUGGCGCAUUUCCAACAGCUGAAGCAAGCUGCUGCUGCUGCCCAUCAACUAAACUCGCGUGGCACACCUCGACCUUCUAGGGGACCCCAAGGAGGACGCCAGGUUUUUGGACAAGACCCUAGAAGACAGCAAGGUUUGCGAAACGCUGCUCCACCACUUCAAAGACGAAUUACAACUCAAUGUGUUUUGCCACGCAGACGUCAGCAAUAUAGACUCGCAAGUCAGGCCAACAUAACAGAGCUCGACCAUACAUCGGUGUCUUCAUCUGAUACCAUUGCCGUCGCCAGUGGACCUCAGCAUCUGCGUGAUCUUGAUUUCUCCACUGCAAGAGCUUUGGUUCGCUCAGAGGCUGAGUUCGAGGAAGCUUGCACAGCUAUCUUACCGGACAGUCCCUUGGAGAUCAUUACCGAGGAAGCGAUUGCACAAGAAACUCUCCUUGCCGGAUCAAACCAGCGUGGCCCUUGUCCUCCGGUUAGUGGUUCAGGCGCUUUCAAAAAAAGUCGACUUUCAAGUAUACCGACAGCUACUCUCGCACCUAUCGAAUCAAAGGUCUGCGACGCAGACGAUGAGGUCGACUCUGCAGAUGAGGUCUUGCAGGAUCUCAUGGACCAAUGUGAUAUGCAAGCCGGCGAUUCUGAGUCCUCUGCUGAGUCCGCAAUGAGUGUGUUCUGGUCGCCACAGAAAAAACCACUAGCUAUAUCUACAUCAAGCAUUUCAAGCAGUCCUUCGCAGUCACGCACAGCACACGCAUUGAAACGAAUAACAGGUGGUCUUUCCCCAGCAAGCUCCCUUCGCUCAUGUGCCUCAACUGCGUUACAGAUCAUGAACGUAGCAAGGAAUGGUCGCAGUUCAACGAGCUCCUGCUCAGACGAAGACUCUCCUCCGCUUUCUCUCAUUGAUGGGGGGAAGGAUUUUCUGAGGCCGUCAGACUCAUAUACGCGUCUGAAGGAGCUUAUGAACCCCUCUCCUCGCAAGGAAAAGGUCGCACGUAGCUUGCCUACUACACUGCGGCGCUGCACGACGUCCGCAACGCGUGGGUCAGAGAAUCAUACGUACAAGUCUUUACCUGCCGAGCCAAGAUUGUCACUGGCCACUGGUAUCACGGUCUUUCCGGUGAUUGUAUCGGCCAACGCUGAUACGCGUAUGCAGUCUGCGGCGGAGCACUCUGAGAUUCGCCCAGUUGUGUGCGAUUUUAUGGAUGGUGGCGAAAUAAACGAAUUCACCGAGGACGCGAGGACCAACCGCAAAAACUCAUAUGCGCCGGAAGACUCGGAGGAAUACCAUGCUCCAGCUGUACGCGACUUUGCGCAACAUCCACAUCCACUUCUGAAGCGGCGAAGGUCCAUCGACACGAUUCGCAGACACCGUAACGGUCAGGUCAUUGCUCGAGACUUUUACUGGUGCCCGACUCUUGGUGACAGUUUAAGACGCUUCUUUCGCUCUCGCAUGUUGGAACUUGGGCACGGUAGAUUCAAACGUUACGCAAGCUGUCCUCGCUGAGCUUUCAGUAGCGUUACAACAGCUACCACACCGCCUCUUCUCGGUGCCGAUAGCUUACCAUCGCAGACUUGCGUUAUGAAGAUCUCCAGGGCAUGAUUGUUUCGGGGCAAGACACCAUAUCAAAUUGUCAACGCCUAGGCCAUGC